AUGCUUUCGGUGUUUCGGCGGAAGCAUAAAGGAAUUUAUCGCCAUGCGAGAGAGAGAUGUUAUAUCGUGGAACGCCCUGCUUUGCUUGCAGCCUAUGCCCAGUGCGGGCAAAUGUCCAAGUGUGGCAAUUUGUUUGGAUGCAUGCCCGAGCGGGACGUGGUGUCGUGGACGGCAGUCAUCAGCGCCUACGCUCAAGCGGGCCAGCCGCAGAUGGCACUGCAGCUCUUCAACGAAAUGAACCUGGUGGGGCACCCGGAUGGCAUCUGUUUCGCGAGCGUUCUCGGGGCGUGGAGCCAUAGAGGAGCUGUGAGAGGCGGCUGCCACUGCUUCACGUCCAUGACUUGCGACUUUGGGCUUGUAGCGAGCGGGCAGCACUACAGCUGCAUGCUGAGCCUCUUGUGCAGUGCGGGACACUUGACCGACGCCCAAGCCUUGAUGGCCGCCAUGCCAUUCGCUCCGAGUGCCUUGGACUGGAGAUGCUUCGCAGCGGCGUGUCGGGGCGGCCAUUACAGCAGCAAGGAUGGCCUUGCCGUCGCGUCCCAGGCUGCCAUGCAAGCAGAGCCUGGUGUCGGUUCACCAUAUGUAAUGCUCUCUAACAUGUGUAGAGCGGCCACCGUGGUUUGA